AUGCUAGGCAACAUUGCUAUCCUCGCUCUUGGCGGGCUAAUUUCAGCUCUGCCUCAGCCUGCAACAGACAUCCCUGCUAUUGUUACUAAAGCACCUACUGGCACUGAACCAGGUGCAGCACCUACACGCGUCAACCCUGACCCAAUUGGACCUACCAGCCAUGGGCCUUACUCUGGAUCUGCCACGAUCACUGGGAACAAGCCUGCUGGCACGACCACAUUGGCGUCGAAGUUUGACGGACCAGCCGUUCCCAACCCUACUGCUACUUACUACAACCCCGAUGGCCAACUGCGAUCUGUAGCGCAACUUCCUUUUACCCCCGGAGGUGGUAAGGGUGUCAACGGUACACUCCCCAGGUACAUGGUGGAGAGUGACUUCGAUUUUGAGUCCGUCAACCUUGGCCUGCACCAGGAAUAUAUCGAGCUGGAUUUGUUCAACCACGGCCUCGCCAAGUUCUCGGACCAGGACUUCAUCGAUGCUGGCUUGGCUGCUGAGGACAGGGCUUUCAUCGCCUUCAUGGCGACGCAAGAGAUUGAUCACGCAACACUUCUUACUAAUAUGCUUGGUGAGGCGGCGCCUCAGCAGUGUAUUUAUGACUACCCCUUCACCACUGUUCGUGAAUUUAUUGACUUUAACGUCAAGCUCACAAGGUGGGGUGAGAGCGGUAAUUGGGGUUUCAUCUCGCACUUGGACAGUCGUGAGGUUGCUACUUUACUGGUUCAGGCUGAGUCUAUUGAGGCUCGUCAGCAGAUGGCUUUCCGUCAGAUGUUGGGUCUGCAACCUAUGCCGGUGUCCUUUACACCUGGUAUCCCUCAGAGCUGGCACUGGACCUUCCUUGCCCCCUACAUCUCCUCUUGCCCUGCCAACAAUACUCGUAUCGCGUGGCAGAACUUCCCUGCUCUACACAUCCUGAACACCCCUAACUCCAACAGGGUCUCGCCCAACGAUACUGCCGAGAACGAAGUCGUUGGUCCCCGCAUCGCCGACCCCAGCGUCUCCAACCUGACCGAAACCCAGUCCUGCGUUCACAACGCCACAACAGGCCAUAACUGCUCUCCCGCCAUCUCGCGCAAUAAGACCGAGCCGCUGACCUUCCCCGGUCGUAAGAUUUUCCUCGAGUGGGAAGAUGCCGGCAAAACUGUCGGCCCUAACAACAGCUACGUGACCUCGACAUCUGCUGGCGAGCCGAAGUUCCUGGCGUGGGUGUCUCAGAUCAAUACUACAUACACGCCGCUUGAGGUCACGGGACCUAAUCAGGGCUGGAGCUGGCAGCCACCGAACGAGGUUUAUCAGCGCAACCCAGCGGUCAACGAGACGGUGUUUGUGGCGGUUACGGACUCAGAUCUUUACCUCACGCCGUUCAACCUGACUCUGAUCAACCCCCACGUUCGUGCUCUGGGUGUUUUCAUUGCUGGUUAA